AUAUAACUUAUGCAAGGUGCUAGAUUUGUAGAAACUAAUUUAGUUUAAAAGAUGCUCCGUAAUCAAAAUUAUGAAUUUCAUAAAAAGAAAUUGGAUGAGAUAUAAACAGAGUAAAAAGUUAAUUCUUAAGAUUUAGCAAAAAGCCAAGAUAUGCUUUCAAAGAUUUACCAGUACUAAGUAAAACAUAACAAUUAAAAGCAUAAUCAUCUAGAUUUUAGUAAUCUGAAUAAAGAAAGAGAAUUGAUGAAUAAAAUUAAUAUUUAACUUCACAUAUUGUAGAAAUACAAGAAGGUAAAAACUCUUAAUUCAGAUCGAUAUGGACUGUUUAAAAUUUAAGAGAAAAAGCAUAUGUAAUUACAAAUCUAUUAUAUAUUUAGGCAGACACGUCAUUAUGGAGUGAGAAUGCAUUAGGAAGAAGGUUGCAUUCACCUUUGAGAAGAAAAUAAUAAUAAAAAAUUGAAGAAGAAAAUUAAGAACUACAAAAGAGACUUGAACUCACUAAAUAAAUAUUAAUUGAAAAAUAAUAAGAGUAAAUACAUAGAUAUUAAAAAUUACGUGAUCAUAUGACUAGAGUAAUUUUAAUUAAAUUAAUUAGAUUAAACCUAAAUGUUAAAGUACUCCAAUGAUGAAAACAUAAUUUCCAUCUGUUAAAAGUAAAAGCACUACUUAAUUGCUUAAUAAACAAUAUCAAUAAGAUUCUAUUAUGUUAAAUAGUAAGAUGAAUGAUUUAUUAAAAUCAGAAAUCAAUCUUAGUAAAAUAUCAAAAAUAGAAUGA